AAGUUGGCCAGUUCAUCAGUGUCAGCAUCAGAUUUAGCUGAUCAAACUUUAACAUUGUAGACUGCUUCAUUUUGCGUGGCAGAUUGAGCUGUGGGAGAGUUUUGUUCCACAAUGGUUUUGAAAAGGAACACCUGUCUGCUGGUUUCUCUGCUGUGUUCUCUGACCUUGUGGUGCAAGACGACCAGUGCAGGCUCCAGUUUCCUCAGCCCUUCACAAAAACCUCAGAACAAGGGCAAGUCCUCUAGAUUCGGCCGCCAAGUUACGGAGGAGUCUAGUCAACUACCUGAGGACGACCACAUCACAAUAAGUGCCCCCUUUGAAAUCGGCAUCACCAUGACAGAAAGGGACUUUGAGCAGUACAGCAUGGUGCUGCAGGAGAUCAUUCAGCAUCUACUGGGAAAUGCAGGCUCUGCAGAAAGACCAUCACGACUUUGAAGAUCAUGGACAGGAAUUUCAAGUUGCCAGUCUGAAUGCCUUCCAAUUUCAACUUCAUUAGAUAGCGAUGAUUAAAACGAGUGAAUGCAUCAGUACCCUGUA